AAACUGAAAUAAUGCCAAUUGUGGUGAAAGAUUUCGUUUGGAGGCAAACUCCAAAUACAGUGGUAAUUCAAGUGCCUUUGAAAGGAGUACAUCAAUCAAAAGUGGAUAUUUUCACGUCCCGUUCUUAUAUAAAAGCAUCCUAUAAACCGUUUUUCUUUGAAGCUUUUCCUUUAGAAGCGAUCGAUCCAUUAGAAAGUAAAUGCACUUUGACGACAAACGAAAUAGUUUUCGAAUUAUUCAAAAUAAAAGCAGGAGACUGGUCUAGUUUAGAAAUUGAUUUACCUAAACAAGAAAAAAAUCGACUUAAAAAAGAAUUAAUUGAAGAAGAACAUAAAAGAUUUCAAGAUGAUUGUAAGGAAAAAGUACAAAGAAAGCACGCAUUGAAAAAAUUAGCGGUAAGAGAACAAAUGGAAAUAGACACAAAACAAAGAGCAUACAUUGAAAAUGUAAAGAAUACGGAGAAAAAAACUGCUUUAGGUGAUUUGGAUGUAUGGAAGAAAGAAAUAAAUCCCGAGGAAAGGAAAGCAGAUUUAUCUUCUUCUGAAAGUGAAGAAGAAAUAAUUGCAAUUCCUACAAAAAAAAUUCCACGAAAAAUUCCAAAUUAUAUCCCUAAAUAUAAUUUGAAAAAAAUCCAAAGCAAUAAUAUUCCAUUACCAAGAAAAACCAGCUCUAUCGCGGUUGAGUUUACCGAACGCGAACUUCCUACACCGUCGAGAGAAUCAAGAUUGGCCGAAGAGGAGGAAUGGUUUCGAAAGCAAGCGGAAGUUCGUCGUUCCGUUGGAUUUGACAGUGACGAUUUACGUCCUGAAGAAAAAAAUCCAAUGUUUUUAAAAUCAAAAGGUGACGAAUUCCUAAAAAAUGAAAAUUAUCUGGGUGCUAUCAGCGCCUACACAUUCGGAUUAAAACUUUGCGAUAAAUAUGUCGAUUUGUAUAUUAAACGUUCAGAAGCUCAUUUCAUGCAAGGUAACAUGCAACGUACCAUCACGGAUUGUUCGACCGCUUUGGAAUUACUUAAACCGGAAUGUUCAGCAAACUUUUUAGAUCGCGUUACAUGUAUCGUUCGAAGAGGUCGGGCUUUGUUUAAAUUUGGAAUGAGAGAAAAGGCAUUUAGAGAAAUUGAGAUCGCCUAUAAGAUGCAACCAGACCGCGAAGAUUUGAAAGAUCUUCUUAUUGAGAUGAUGGAUGAAAUGAAUAAUUCGACUACUGAAGAUAUUAACGAUGUGGGAGAUCCGCUUAUUGAAGUACAAAAGGAAAUGCGGAAUUUACCUGGAGUAUCAUAAAAAAU